AUUCAUACCUUUUCUCUCGCAUUCUAAUAAAGUCGAACCAGAAAAUGCAGAAGCGAGAAUGUGACCGCGAGGGUUUAGGUUGAAGGUUGAGUGAAGAACGAGUAUCCCUAAUACCCGUACUCUUCAUCACUCUGCUCUCAUCUCGUUCCUUUCACACCUUCUGUUCGUGUUCGAAUCUGAAAUUUAGGCUAUUUGGAUUUAUUGCGUGAGCUUUGAAGCAAUUAGUUCUCCAGGUCUUAUCAGAAUGUCUCUUCUUCUCGAUGAAUUGAUCCCAAGAGUUGCACAGCUGAAACAAGAGAAAAAACAGCUCGAAGAAAUUCGUAAUGAUGUUGAAGAAAGAAGAAAGAGGAUGGAAGAAUGUCAAAAUAAAAUUAAAGAGGUAAAAAUUGAAUCAGAAAAUAGAAAGCAAAGGCGACAAGAAAUAAAUGAAGAGACGAAAAAUUUAGCUGGAAAAUUGGUAGAAAUGAAAGCGGGAUACACAGAAAUGAUGGAUAGUAAAGCUGAUCCGCGGACCAGGUAUGUUGAAUUGCUGGAAGAGUUAAGGAGGUUGGCUAACGGUAUAAAAUCUGGGAUAGAUGUUACAACGAAAGAACAGGUGGAUACCGUGAAAGACUUGGAAGAAUUGACCGGCGUUCAGAUCACAGUGAAUAUCACCCCUAAAAAGUAUGACGAACUCAGAAUUCAUAUGAACGGGAUGAUUGUCAAUGUAAUGAGCAAAGAAGUUGUUCAAGCAAAAAGGAAGCCUAAAGAAGGGGUUGAGCCAGAGCCAGAGCCAGAGCCUAAUGAAGGGGUUGAGCCAGAAAGCUCUGCAGAGCGGUCAAAGGACUAGAUUUGAACUGAUUUUUCAAUCGUUGAGACUGUUUCUACAUGUUUGGACCGUAGCAAAUCCUUCCCUUUCUUGAUUUUCUUUAGAUUUCGUAUAUGUUAUCUCCCUGUUUUUUCCAUGGAUGGAUUGAGUAAAUUCACCUAACUUCUACAAACAUUGUUGUUUUAAUUUGGAAUGUUUUAAUUUGGAAUCAAACAAUGUUGGUCGUGUUUUAAUUAAUGAGUGAUGUUUCGAUUAUA